AUGGAAACAUGUCUACAACAUCUGGGGCUUGAUCUCUCUGUUUUAGAAAAUGGGUCGGGUUCUUCGUAUUCCGAUGGCGGAAAUUAUUUGAAUCACGCCACGCAUGCCUUGAACCUUGAAGGGUCCGCAGAAGAAAUGCAUCGACAGCGCACCCCUGCCAUUCCAGCUGAAUAUACCGAAUCAAACAUGACGAGCUCACCCGAGAUAGAAAACUCCCUAUUAGAUUCUCUAGCAUCUUAUCUUGUUCCACAAUAUCUCGCUCACAAGCCAACCCUUGUAGAUCUGCCGACAAUACUCUCGCGAGACGAAGCCAGCCAUGUCCAAGAAAACCCCGAGAUGUUGGAAUCUUUGGAACUGUUAGAUCAUCAUUGCCACAGCGCAUUAAGCAGCCCGCUCGCCGAGACAUGUCCCAGGAAAGCUUUCCAUCCCCUGCCCCGAAAAGAUGAAGCCAUGUCUUUACUUCAUGACUAUUUACAAACCGUAAAUGUCCUUUGCCCGCUGUUUCAGCCUUUGGUGCUUCUAUCAAUGUUCGAAAGUGAAGAUUUAAACGCUAUGCUUCAAUUUCCCAGCCGCUGGGCGUGCAUCAACGUUGUUCUCGCUAUGGGGUACAUCCUGCGUAUCAAAGAUAAAAGUGUGGCACAGCCAGAUCACCAAAAAAGCUGGCAUUUCAUUAAGAAUGCCCUGGGGGCUUUGACCGAGAUUUGCCUCGGUGCACCUGAUCUGUGGGCUGUUCAGGCGCUUAUCGGAAUGACAUUCUUCCUCCUGGGCACUCCAAGCGCUCGACCUUGCAGCUUCUUGAUCUCGACUGCCAUUAAUAUCGGUCAUCAGAUUGGGCUAGAGAGAACCGAUGAAAACAGCUUGGCAUUGGAUCCUGAAGAACUGGAGCAAAGACGGAGAAUUUUCUGGAUUUCUUACAGUAUUGAUCGAGAGAUUUCACUUCGAUUUGGAUGUGUUCCUUCACAGAGGGACGAAGACAUUGCGGUAAACCUACCGGCUGAAUUCCCCGCCGAUAAAGUUGGCCUGAUACCCACUAAGGAUGGCCAAGAGAGUUUCAACGUAUUCCGAUCCUGUUGCAAACUUGCCGUGAUCAAAGGCCAUGUUUACAAGCGCCUCUAUUCGGCUGCAGCCACAGACAGACCUCUCGCCCAGACAGUAGCUGCGAUUUCCUCGCUAGAUGAGGAGCUCCAACGAUGGAAAGCAGAUAUUCCAUCCCAAUAUCAACCAGACUCUCGGCUCCCUUCGCUAUUACCCGAGUCACCAGAGCUUGGGCUCCUUCUCCUAGCGCAUUACUCAUACUUCAAUUGCAUAAUUUCAAUGCAUCGCCUAAUCGUCACUCAAGAACUUAUCAAGGGAAUGGAUUUGACGCAGAAAAUCGGCCUCUUCACGUCAACAACUCCACCAUCGAAUUCAAACGUAUUCAUGUCGGCGUCACUCUGCGCUCGAGCAGCGAGAGAUUCGAUCCAUCUGAUGAAGUACAUGCCGACAGGGAACAUCUUUACAACCGGAAUUCUCAUCCAUUAUGCGAUGGUCGCGUCGAAAACCCUCUCUUUCGGCAUCCUGCGCAAUCCCAAUGAGGCUUCUCGAGUCUACGACAUGAAACUAAUAUCACAGGUGGAAGAGUUUCUCUCAUCUCUAAUUCUUAGCACUCCUAAUGAAGGAGUCAAGCGGUUAGUUCAGUACUGCGCUCGGUACCGCUCCGUCGCGGAGGCGGCAAUCAAGCAGGCCGCGAAGGACCCUCAACACCAAUCAAUGACAAUAUAA